CUUCCAAACAACUACAUUUUCCCCUCAGCUUCAUUUGGAGUUGCUCUCUCCGUCUGGUGUUUCUUGAAACGACGGCAUUAAAGAGCACCGAAAGUGAAAUUAAUGGACGUUUGCUGAAAUUCCGAGAAAGUGAGGUGGUCUAAGCCAAAGCUGCUGUAGAGAUGAGUUGGGUGGCUCUGUACACCCAGCUGGGCGGGGUGAACAAACACUCCACCAGCCUGGGGAAGAUAUGGCUGUCUGUCCUAUUCAUCUUCCGUAUCACCAUCCUGGUACUGGCUGCAGAGAGCGUGUGGGGAGAUGAGCAGUCUGACUUCAUCUGCAACACCCAGCAGCCCGGCUGUAAGAACGUCUGCUACGACCACUUCUUCCCUGUGUCGCACAUCCGUCUCUGGUGCCUGCAGCUGAUCUUCGUGUCUACACCGGCCCUGCUGGUGGCCAUGCACGUGACUUACAGGAAGCGUGGGGACAAGAGGCAUAUCAUCGCGACGUCCUUGCACAGCAGUGGUGAUAAUAAGACCAGGCAGGAGGACCUAGAGGCCCUGAAGAGGAGUCGUCUGCCCAUCACUGGGCCUCUGUGGUGGACGUACACCUGCAGCCUGUUCUUCCGCCUGAUUUUUGAGGCUGGCUUUAUGUACGCCCUCUACUUUGUUUAUGAUGGCUUCGCGAUGCCUCGUCUGGUGAAGUGUGAGCAGUGGCCCUGCCCCAACAAGGUGGACUGCUUCAUCUCACGACCCACAGAGAAGACCAUCUUCACCAUCUUCAUGGUGGCUUCGUCUGCCAUCUGCAUGGUUCUCAACGUGGCCGAGCUGGCCUACCUCAUCGUCAAGGCCCUGAUGAGGUGCUCCACCAGGACGUCCAAGAAGAGCCGUGCCUACGCUCACCCCGAUCACAGGACCACGAACAUGUCCCUACUACAGAAUAAAAAGAAUGAGAUGCUGCUGUCCUCUCUUACAGAUUCCUCCAUCAACAAGACUGUGUGAGCCCAGCAUAGUGUCCAUGUUCUUCCCCAUUUAGUACCCCCAACAGCAGACGUUUGUGUUGUAGUCCUGGACAAACAUGCCUGAUUCAACUCAUUGAGGGAUUGAUAAUUAGCUGACAAGUUAAGUCAGAUGUGCUCGUCCAAUGUGUAUUGUUGGGGGUACUCGAGGACUGGAGUUGGGGAACACUGUCAUAGAGGAUAUUUCUCUCUGUGCCUUCCACUAUGACUGACCCAGGGGGUAACGUUUUAGCAUUUUUUUUAAUGUAUUUUUUUAUUUAUCUUGGCGCUUGUCUGUUUGGGAGGUUGAACAGCAGUGACAAAUGGGUCUAGAUCGCCACCUUCUGGUUUACAAUGAGCUUGCAGGAGUUUGUUAAUGUUUUAUUGUGGAGCGCAACCAGAAUUGGUUUAUGUUACUACUUCAGCUUUUGUGGGAGACUUUACCAAAGCAGAAACUCACAAGUGUGCAGUAUAGCUCCAAGUUCUAUUUGAGGCUCACACCGGCGAAGGAAAUGUAUCGAGUACCAAAGUAAUUUUAAAACAGUGCCUUAGUCUAUUAGUGGUGUCAAAUAGUAUGAUGCUGUAUAUUGAGCAUUUACAUUUUUGUCAUUUAGCCAUUGCUCUUAUCCAGAGAAAUGUACAGUAGUGAAUGCAUACCUUUUCACAUUUGUUCGUACCAGUCCCCCAUGGGAAUUGAACCCACAAGCCUGGUGUUGUGAGUGCCACGCUCAACCAACUGAGCCACACAGAGCACAAUGUUUUUAGGUAGCAUGGCUGAUACGCUUGAACAUUCUGGACAGAUUUCCUGGACCCAGAUGAAUCCUAUUCCUGUACUUAAAAAGCAUGCUCAAUAACAAAUAUCCAUUGGAAGUGCUUCUUGGUGUAGGUUUAAGCUGGGUACUGGAAACUGACCCUCUGAGCAUUAUGCCAACUGAGACAGACAUGUAGCCUAUUGUUGUCAAGACUGAUUGUAAAUCUGGCUACAGAGCCCAUCUUUCAGCUUGUUCCUUAUUUUAGGCACUGCACUUAUCACUGCACUUAUCACUGCACCUCUUUCAAUGUGAGUUAGCGGGCUGAUCUACAGGCAAAACUGGCCUAAUGUGCUUUGUCCAAAAAUGCAUGUAGAAAUUGGACCAUAAUAACUUGUAUCACUGUACUGACAAUCUGACUGUUACCUGUGAAAAGGUAAGGACAGUUUUAGCAAUGAGAUGCAUCACACACAUUUGUGAAAGCAUUUUGUGGGCUUUCUCUCACAAUCUUUACAGUUGUAUGGGGGCUUUUUGUCUGUUUUUAUAUUAACUGUUUGGAGAAAAUGCAAUAUUCAGUAGUACAACUCGUUCUUUGACAUUUUUGAAAGCCUCAACAUUGUCACUUGUUUCUUUACAGCAGCUAGAGCCUAACUAUUCAUCUACAGAUUUCUAAACUGCAUGUUUUUUGAAAAUAGAAAGAUGUUUGUAUUUUUUAUUAGAUCUGCACUUUGACCCUGGGUCUUGACUUUUAAUAAAAUAAAAAUGAUACUGCC